UCUCUCUCUCUUUUUCUAUCUUGCUCUCUCUCUGCAAAUAACCCCGGCGAGCAGAAACGUUGUCGUUUCAUUCGUCAAGUGACUAAUAAUAAUGGGAAAAGCUUCACGGUGGUUUAAGAAUUUAUUCGGACUUAAGAAACCUGACCCGGGUUAUUAUCCGGAUCCAUCUUUUGAAACACCUUCUCGGUCAACUUCCUCCAAUCCUAAACGCCGAUGGGGCUUCGUCAAAUCAAAACGCGAAAAAGAUACCGCACCGAUGAAUCACAUUUCUCCGCCUCCUCAUCCUCCGCUACCGAACUCGACGCCUCCACCGCCGUCCCACCACCAAUCGUCUCCGAGACGACGGAGGAAACAUAAGCCGACGUGGGAGGACGAGGGAGUUGAAGAUUCUGAUAAGCACGCGAUUGCGGUGGCCGCCGCGACUGCUGCUGUUGCUGAGGCUGCUGUCGCCGCCGCUAAUGCCGCUGCUGCGGUCGUCAGGCUCACGAGCACGAGCGGGAGGUCGACGAGAAGUCCUGUUAAGUCGCGUUUUAGCGACGGAUACGACGACGCGGCGGCGCAUGUUAGCAAGUUUAACGGUUACGGCCGCGACGGUCGUGAAGAUCUUGCUGUGAUUAAGAUACAAGCAACGUUUCGUGGAUAUUUGGCAAGGAGAGCGUUAAGGGCACUCAAGGGUUUGGUUAGGCUUCAAGCAAUAGUUAGAGGCCAUAUCGAACGGAAGAGAAUGUCAGUCCAUCUGCGUAGGAUGCACGCUUUGGUUCGGGCUCAGUCUCGUAUCCGUGCCAGUCGGGUUAUUGUUACUCCUGAAUCUUCUUCUUCUCAAUCCAACAAUACCAAAUCUUCUCACUUCCUAAACCCCGGUCCACCAACGCCUGAAAAACUCGAGCAUUCAAUCUCUUCCCGCAGCUCCAAGCUUUCUCAUUCUCAUCUUUUUAAGAGGAUUGGUUCUAAGGCUAGCGACAACAACAGACUUUAUGCUACUCACAGUGAAACAUUCUCAGCCAUGGAUGAAGAAGAAAAGAUCCUUCAAAUCGACAGGAAACACAUCAGCUCUUACACAAGACGCAGCAGACCAGACAUGUUCUACUCAUCGCACCUUGUCCUAGACAACGCAGGUCGGUCUGAACCAGUUUUUGUCACGCCUUUUAGCCCGUCCUCGUCACAUGAAGAGAUCACAAGCCAGUUUUGCACUGCAGAGAACAGUCCUCAGAUAUACUCAGCGACUUCUAGAAGCAAACGCAGUACUUUCACUGCAAGUUCUAUAGCACCGAGCGAUUGCACAAAAAGCUGCUGUUACGGGGACCAUCCAAGCUACAUGGCUUGUACAGAGUCCUCUAGGGCUAAGGCCAGGUCCGUAAGUGCUCCGAAGUCUCGACCACCGUUAUAUUACGAGCGGUCUUCGUCGAAACGGUUUGGAUUUGUUGAUGUGCCAUACUGUGGUGAUACGAAGUCAGGUCCAUACUGUGGUGAUAUGAAGUCAGGUCCCCAGAAAGGUUCUGCUCUGCACACUAGUUUUAUGAACAAGGCUUAUCCCGGUUCAGGUCGGUUGGACCGUCUUGGGAUGCCAAUUGGAUAUAGGUACUGAGAAACGUUGUUGGACUUGUUAACCUUGUUUUGUUGUAGAUCAGUGGAUUGAGCUUUACUGCUAAUUUUCUUGGUCUGUAAGUUUGGAGUUACGAAGUGGAUUUUAAUCUAAAUUGCAAAUAGAACUUUCUUAAUCAAAAUGUUGGCAUCUUUAUAAAGCACUA